AAUAUAACAGUGCAAGAAAAUUUGUUAAAGUGUGUUAAAAUAAAGGAGAAUAUAGUGUAAAACACGUACAUAAUUUGCGUAACAUAAUAACAAUUUGUAUUAUUGUGUUGCAAACGUCGUAAGGAGCUUAGCAAAAAACGAAACAAUAAAAGAAUGACUUGCCAAAGAGAAUAACGCGCGGCGUGGUGAAUAAAACUCAAGCGCGAACGAGAAAGCAAUGAAAUUAUAAGUGGGCAAAAACGAGAAAGCGCUAACUCACCACCCUGAGAAGAGUUUUGUUGUUGUUUUUAUAUUUGUUGUAGGGUCAAACCUCAGCAAAAUUUGUAGUUUUCUAUAGAGUUUUAAUAAUAUCCUGUUUGCUGGCCAGCAUAUAAGCAUAAGAAAAUUGUCGUAUUGUUAAUUUUAAGUUAUUGCGAAACCAAUAGGCUCAUAAGAGAGUGUUUGUGUGCGUGUUUGUGUAAGUGAGUGUGUAACCAAGCAGAGCUAUACAAAUUCAACAAAACAACAACAACAACAACACAAUGAUGAAAAUGGAGACUGAUAAAAUAAUGGACGAGACUAACUCCAAUGCACAAGCAUUCACAACCACAAUGCUCUAUGAUCCAGUGCGCAAGAAAGACGCGUCGCCCUCAUAUCAAACAGAGCGGGAUCUCUGUUUUCAGUACUUUACACAGUGGAGCGAGGGAACGCAGGUGGAUUUUGUGGAGCAGCUAUUAUCGCGGAUGUGUCAUUAUCAACAUGGACAGAUUAAUGCGUAUCUCAAGCCGAUGCUGCAACGCGACUUUAUCACACUGUUGCCAAAAAAAGGUCUGGAUCACAUCGCUGAGAACAUUUUAUCGUAUUUGGAUGCCGAGUCACUGAAAUCCGCUGAGCUUGUGUGCAAGGAAUGGCUGCGCGUUAUAUCCGAGGGAAUGCUGUGGAAGAAGUUAAUCGAGCGCAAAGUUCGUACAGACUCACUGUGGCGUGGAUUGGCGGAGCGACGCAAUUGGAUGCAGCAUCUGUUUAAGCCGCGACCGGGACAAAUACAGCGACCACAUUCAUUCCACCGUGAGCUCUUUCCCAAGAUUAUGAAUGACAUUGACAGCAUAGAAAAUAACUGGAGAACAGGACGACAUAUGCUGCGGCGCAUUAACUGUCGAUCGGAAAACUCCAAGGGUGUCUAUUGUCUGCAGUAUGAUGACGGCAAAAUUGUCUCCGGCUUGCGCGAUAAUACCAUCAAAAUAUGGGAUCGCACGGAUCUGCAGUGCGUCAAGACACUUAUGGGCCAUACAGGCUCUGUGCUGUGCCUGCAGUAUGAUGACAAGGUGAUUAUCAGCGGUUCGAGUGACUCAACGGUGCGUGUUUGGGAUGUUAACACUGGCGAAAUGGUCAAUACGCUCAUCCAUCACUGUGAGGCGGUGCUACAUUUGCGCUUUAACAACGGCAUGAUGGUCACCUGCUCUAAGGAUCGUUCCAUUGCGGUCUGGGAUAUGACAUCGCCGAGCGAGAUAACGUUGCGUCGCGUUCUAGUUGGUCAUCGUGCCGCCGUUAAUGUUGUUGACUUUGACGAGAAGUAUAUUGUGUCUGCCAGUGGAGACCGCACCAUCAAAGUGUGGUCCACAUCAAGCUGCGAAUUCGUGCGUACACUGAAUGGCCACAAACGUGGCAUUGCCUGCCUGCAAUACAGAGAUCGUCUGGUCGUUAGCGGCAGCUCUGAUAACUCCAUUAGGCUUUGGGAUAUUGAGUGCGGUGCCUGCCUGCGCGUUCUGGAAGGACACGAGGAGCUUGUGCGCUGCAUACGUUUUGACACAAAACGCAUAGUUAGUGGUGCAUAUGAUGGCAAGAUUAAGGUUUGGGACUUGGUUGCCGCGCUGGAUCCGCGAGCAGCCUCCAACACACUUUGCCUUAACACGCUCGUGGAGCACACUGGUCGUGUUUUUCGUCUUCAAUUUGAUGAGUUCCAAAUAGUGAGCAGCUCUCAUGAUGAUACAAUUUUGAUUUGGGACUUUCUUAACUUCACUCCUAAUGAGAACAAGAGCGGAAGAACGCCGUCACCGGCGCUUAUGGAACAUUAACAUCACGUGCAACGGCAUCUUUACGAUCUGCGCAUUGCUGGCGACAGAGGGAGAGUGGAAAAUCCAUUUUGGCCGAAUUUUGAUGAGGAUGAUCUUGAGGAGGUGACGGUGGAUAGCGAAGAUUUAGAGGAGAUCGAUGAUGUUGAAGAUGAUGAUGAUGAGGAGGAGGAGGAUGAGGAGUUUGAUGAUGAGGAGCAGGGGUAGUUGAUUAACUUAUACGUGAAUGCUGACAACGAUGAGCCGGCAGUUAAUAUUGAUGCUGAUAAUCUUUUAUAGUUGCACGAAGUGGGGAAUAAUUAUGAUAAUUAAUGAUUUACAAUAGGCCAGCAAAUAGUAUUGAGACUCGUCCAUUAAAUUAUGUUUGAACCAAGCUACUGCGAUCUCCAAUUCUCCUACAAAUGCAAUAAAUGCGAUGAAAAACAACCUACAAUAAAUAAAAAUAUAUUCAGCAACUGAAAUACUAGUAAAUCAACAUAAAAACACUAAUGUGGAUUAAUGAAUUAUAAUCACAACAACAAAGCAUAACAAAUUCAAUUUGCAUAAACUGGCUGUUACGAUUUAGGAAUGUGCGAGUAACAAAUAAUGAAGAAACAACUAAAAAAAAUAAGAAAACAAAAGAAAAAAGCAAAUUAUAUGAUUAUACAAUAAUGAAGAUGAUUUAUGUAUUAGUUAAAUAGGCAGUAUAGAUAUAAUUUAGGAUCGGUCUGCGUAUAUCGUUAGUUCGAUGAAUUAUUUGUGCUUGCCGCAGUGGCGCAGAUAUUAAUGUAAUUAACUUUUAGCUCAAAUAUGUAACUAUGUACAUCGCGAGGAAUUCUGAAAUUAAAUUUAAAAGUUCACUGUCCUGCUUUAAAGAUUGGGGGCAAACCUGUCAGAUCGUACAGAGCACAUAGUCCUUAGUAUAGGUGUUAGUUAAAAUUUCAUAAAAUUGGCGAGACAUGAUCAUUAAUGGUUUCUCUUUUCUUUUCGGCUAUAACGAAUCGCUUAUCUCAUAUUGCAUAUAAUUUGUAAUUCUAUUUACAUGCCUAAUGUUUGUGUUAAAAAUUGUAAAGUAAAUUCACAAUAAAUUAAAUCUUUAAUUUUAAGUAAUAAACUCGAAAACAUCUUGUGUGCGCAGCUAUUCUAAUGUGGAAUGUUUUCCUUGGGUGUGAAUAUAAAAAAAACAUCAAAAAAUAUAAUACAAAUAGUUUUAUAAAGAACAUUACUUUAAAAGAUCGCUUCUAAUUUAUGAGUCUUGUGUAGAAACUAGAUAAUAUAUAAAAUGACGUUGAUUGUGAUCAAUUGAUAUUUCACUAUACAGCCGCAGCUUCCGCGUUCUUGUAUUUUGUAAAUAAAUGUUUUAUAUGUAAGCCGAAAUGAAUUUUGCAAGUUCUAAUAAUUUUUAUAUUUAUAUGUAUAAUGAUUGUACCAUGCAAAUGCAACCAGUAUGUGAAAAUGUUUUUAUGGCAAUGCUGCUUGUUGAAACUGACAAAAUAACUGCAACUUAUAGAUAUAUAUUGAUAUUAUAUAGAAACACAUAUAACGA